AUGAUUGACUUGCUUCAAUACAAUCAAGACUCUGCCAAUAUCCGAAAUCUUCUAAGACUGAUGGUGAAACAUGAAGUGUUUAAGUUCGGACAAUUCGAAUUGAAAAGUGGACAAUUGUCUCCUAUUUAUAUAGAUCUUAGAGAAUGUUUUGGUUAUCCUGUUCUCAUGGAAGCUACCUCAAGCUGCUUGACAUCGCUGAUCAGACUAGUAGGCUCAGAAUUCCAAGGAGUAGUUGGAGUACCUUAUGCAGCUUUACCAUACGCUACAAUUGUAUCGCAAAAUUUGAAACAGUCACUGAUAAUUAUCAGAAAGGAAGCCAAAUCGUACGGAACUAAGAAGCUUAUCGAAGGAAAGUAUGAGAACGGUCAGAAGGUCAUAAUUAUUGAAGAUGUAGUUACAACAGGUGGCAGUAUCAUAGAGGUAAUAAACACCCUGCGAGCCGAUGGUCUUAUUGUAGAAGAUGUUUUCUGUCUACUUGAUCGUGAACAAGGAGGAAGAAAAAAACUCAAAGAUCAUGGAAUCAAUCUUCACAGUUUAUUGAACAUGCAGAACAUUCUUUCGUUUUUGAUAUCAGCUGAAAGAAUAACAUCUGAAGUUUGCCUUGAAAUCAUUCAGAAACUAAAUUUAUCAUUCAGUCUUCCUUCUUCUUUUCCAGUAACGUUGGACCUCGAAGAUGUAUCUCGCUUCCCAAUAAAUCAUCAGAAAAGAGAUGCUUUGAAUGUUCGAUCUUCGUUGGUUGAAUCUGAUAUCAACAAGAAAAUCAUCAAUCUCAUGAUCAGGAAAGAAAGCAACAUUUGCUUAGCUAUUGACUAUACUGAAUCUAAUAAAAUUCUUGAGCUAGUUAACAAGGUUGGGCAGCAUGUAAUUGCAAUUAAAAUCCACUCUGAUAUAAUUACGGACUUCAGUAUAGAGUUCACUGAAAAACUUGUUAACUUAUCUCAGGAUAUGGACUUUCUCAUUUUAGAAGACAGAAAGUUCGCUGAUAUUGGAAAUACUAACUUGUUACAAUUUAAUGGUUUGCUGAAGAUAUCGGAAUGGGCUGAUCUCAUCACUGUGCAUGGUAUACAAGGUGUGGAUAGUGUAGCUGGGGUAUUCAGAGAGGUUGUAAAGAAUCCCGACUGCAGAUUGAAAGGAAUUCUUCUCAUUGCACAACUUAGUUGCACUGGCAACUUAACUAAACUGAAAGGUUAUACUGAAGAAGUUGUAAGCUUAGCUUCAGACAACAAAGAUGUUGUUUGUGGCUUCAUCUGUCAAACUCGCGUCAGUAAAGAGAAUCAUUUUUUGAAUUGGACUCCUGGUGUCAAUAUAGAAGCUAAAACUGAUGGUUCUGGGCAACAAUGGAGAUCUGUUGAUGAAGCGGUUAGUGAUCAGGGGAAUGACAUUAUAAUCGUUGGCAGAGGGGUCACAAGUUCAACCGACCCUGUGGAGAAAGUGAAAAAUUACAAAGUCGCUGGUUGGACCUCGUUAUACCGAUAA